UAUUCAUUUUGUGUUAAAAGUACGGGGAAUCAAUUAGUGUACGUAUUAUUUAGUUUCUUUUUAAACGUAAUUUAAUUGCUUUAUAAUUGUUCAUUUAAAUUAUUACUUUUAAUUCAGUGAAAUGGUGAAACUUUUCUAUUUUCUUACUUUCGUCGCGUUAGCCGUACACGCGCAAGAAAAUGCGAUACGAAAUGUUUCGCCUUCCCUUCGAGAGUGUUAUGAGAACAAGUAUCUGUUACAAAGAGAUAAUAGAUUACCACACACUUUAAACACAUUCUUGGCAAUACUUCGUAAAAUUGAAAAUGUAAAAAACCUUAAUAUGGAUCUAAGAAGUUUAACCGUUGCGCUCUUACACCGUUUUCGACAAGACGGGAUUGUACCAAAUCCUGCUGUUCCGAUACAAGACGGAGUAACGCCAUACGCGCCAAACGCUUACCAAUUUUUUCGCCAUGCUCAAACUCUUCGUUUCAUACCAGGAAAUGCUCUUCUUUUUCCUAACAGUAGUCUCACAGACGUUGAAAGGUGUACCUUACACUUCAUGAUAUCAAGCAGCAUCGAAAUUUUUCAAAGAGGAGACGAAGCGUCGGUUUGCAAAUACGCGAGUGCGUAUAGAUACGGAAGAAGUGUUGAAGACGAUAAAGUGGUAACUAGCGAAGGUGCUAUUAAUGACGUAGAAACAUUGACAUCCGAUGAAAUAAAGAACAUGACCAGUCAUAAAGAUGGUCAAGUUACAAUUGAUCCAAACUCGUUGUAUCCAGAAUUACCGCCUAAUCACCCAGACAAUGCACGGAUAGUUGCGCUACCACCUCUUAGCAAAUGUCCUGUCGAAAAUGGUGUUAUAAAGACUCCAUGGGGCGUUGUUUCUCCUGGUUUGAUUCUUGCUGGCAUUGCUGCUGCUACGCAACCCGAAACAUUCACGCUUCAAGAUGUACAGUCUGAUAUAUCGAAGAAGAAUAUUAACGAAGAUCUACUAUCAUUGACUUUGGACAAUAAAUGGAUCGCUACUUUAGCAGGCGACUUGGCGGAGGUGGCUCUGAUACAAGGCCCCAGAGGUGAAAAAAUUAGCGUUGGAGCAACUGGAAAUUGGAACUCUACCUCAUUACCGCGUUGGUAUUUUUUGAAUACCAAUGAAAAAUUAGAAAUGACAAUAGCAGAAAUUAGAGGCGAUUUAGAUGGUUUAAUUCUGGCCAAUGAAAUUAAUAAAUGGUAUUCGAAGAUACCAAACUUGAAACUUUCACAGAUAUUCGAUAUGUACUAUAGCAAACAAGGAUUCUUUGAUUCCUCGAUCAGAGCGUGCAAUCGAAGAACAUUAUUUACGGCUGUUGCCCCUAACGAGACCAUGUCUGCACAAACGUAUAGAGCUGCUUUAUUAUUGGAUCCAUUUAUAACGAAGGUAACGCUUGAAUCACAAGCGAUAGAAAAGUUUUCGAUACAAGCAGUAAACGAAUUAGCAGUACAUGUGCCUGCGUCAAUGAAUAAGGAUGUCUCGUGCCUGGACACGGAUAAAUUAUACGAUUUCAAUCAAAUAUUCGUUGAUUUGACAAUCAUUUUAGAUACAAAUUGGCCUUUCUCAGCAAUACAACCCAUCCUCGCGAAUCUGUUGGAUAGCAUAGACGUGAAUCAGUAUAACAGCAAUUUCACGUUAAUUAAUGGCCACGAUGGUAAUCCAAUUAUCAACAGUACUUUUAACCUCUUAGAAUUCAACGCAUACAAUUCAUCCCACUAUGAAAAUAUUACCCACGGUUUCGAUUUACCUAAAUCGCUCGACAAAUUAAAAUUGCGUUUGAUGGAUGCGCUGGACUAUGAACGCAGUCGAGAUAUUGGCGGUGCAAGAUCUAACGUUGUUCUACUUAUUCCAUACAAAUCGAGUAUCUCUGACAGCGACAAAAACUACUGCAUACAAAAUAUAAUACGAAUGCGAGAGAAAAUUCCAGAUACGACGCUACUUAUUAUGACACAUAAUUCAAAAGAUACAUGGUCCGAUUUAACACAGACUCCAUCAACGGAUUUGUUCUCUAUCGGUGUAGGCGAUACAGAUAGUGCUUUAGCACCGAUAACCGCUUUAGUUUCAAGAAUAAAGCAAGUUCCUAAACGCUUAAUAAACUCGGAGUGCGGAUCAAAUUACAGUUCGAGUGGACUUUCAAAUUCUUACGACGAUUACGUCGCACCUAAUGGCUUUAAUCUUUACAGAUUACAUCCUAAUUACUUCUUCAGGCAUGAAGGUCAUGCGACGAUAAAGAUACAAGCUUCUAAUUCGAAUAGCUUAACCGUGUGUUCGUCGCGGGAACCGUUGCAUAUAAAUGCGACGGAAACCGUGGCAUCCAAAUCGUGUACGUCGGUGACUAACGAAGCACACAGUAUUACUGUUUCUUGUGCCGAUGCUACUUACAUUCAUCAAUGUCCGCCACUUUACAUAUCAGUAACUUCCAAUGCCACAGGUGUUUCAUAUCAAUGCACAGAUCCUCAAGUGUGCAGAUAUCCCUAUUUAAUAAAAUAUACGAUAUCGUAUGAAAAUCUAGUAUGCACUAGCGGUGCACAUACAAUUGCACUUAAUUAUCUUAUUUUAUUCGUAGCUAUAAUUUUCUUUAAUCUAUAAUAAGCAGCGACAAAAUUUACGUAGAUUCAUGAACAAAAUCAAUCAUCUAGCAUCUUUCUUUCAAAGUAUUAAAAUCAUAACUAAGAAUCGUCUUAUAUUAAAUAUAUUAUCGUCUCUAAAACGCGCCCCACUAUUAUUUGAUU